AUGAAUGUGCAGGUCGAUGCGCUCGGAGAUAAUGAGAAAACCGAUGACGAAGUAGGUCUGCAAUCUAACGCGCGCUUGACCAAACUGGACGUCGGGGACUCACCUGUCACGUACGCGGGCUUAUUGCGCUCAUCACCAGAAUUGACGACGUCAAUUCCGCAGUUCCUGCAUGCGAUGGCACCAAAGCUUAAGAGCGUCAAGGAUGGGGCGUGGUCCAAUGGAACAUAUGAGAGUCCAUGGAAGGUGGUGUCGUAUGCUUUGCAGAUGAUGGUGACAGACGAAGAAGGACUAAUCUCGGAUCGCAAACCUCACCCAUUGAACCCUCAAUUUUUCAAACGGGGGAGGCGUCGGCACCGUGUUACUGGGGCUGCGCUGGAGAAGAGCAAGGAAGAAGAGCUAUCCGACAAUCAUAGUAUGAGCAUACCAUGA